AUGUCGGCCGACGACGAGCCGUAUACCUGCUACCGGUGGAGCCGCGACUUCCUCGUCGCGCACGCCGUCUUCGCGAGCGGCCUCGUCACGGCGCCGGUGGCCGUCCUCCUCCUCGUCCACCGCCCGCGCUCGGGCCGCGCCAUCUUCUUCGCGGCGUUCGCCGCCUUCUGCACCACCAGCAGCCUCGUCCUGUGCCUCCACUUCUACGCCGAGCUGAGGCGCCCGCCCUGGCCGCGCUGGCGCUCCCCGGCGGCGGCGUCCGGACGCUGGCGGCAGCAGCAACAGCAGCAACAGGACGGUGAGUCCGUCGUCGUCGGGCGCGAAACGACGGCGCGGGAGACGUCGCAUGCCCUCCGCCACCCGGAACAGCCGGUGACGCGCCACGCGGAGGUGCAGACCGCCCUAGCCUCCGGCCGCAUCCCGAGCUACGAGCACCAGCUGGCCGACGACGGCGGCGACGUGGCCGAGGACUGCGCGGUGUGCCUCGGCGGGGUGGAGGAGGGGGAGACGGUGCGGCGGCUGCCGGCGUGCCAGCACGUGUUCCACAAGGGGUGCAUCGACCCGUGGCUGCGCGCGCACGCCACGUGCCCGGUCUGCCGUUCCGGCGUGCUCCCGAGGCCCGAACGGCCGGUGGAGGUCGUGGUGGUGGAACACUUGGAGCUGUUCGUGAGAUGA